GGGCAAAUACAAGAUAGAGGGGGUAGAUGACCUGACCCAGCAAAGUGGAAAGCAAACUUGCGCAUGUGCUUCUGAACAAGAGUCGUGUGUUUAAAUUGUUGUAUCGAUGGCACUAAGGAAACCCCAUGCAAAAACUUCCAUUCAAGAUCUACCAGCUAUGUGACCUUUAUGGGCAGAAUGAAGAUUCUUUACCUUUGGAAGCCUUUGCCUGACGAAAUCGCAAGCGAUGAUGAGAAAGAUAUCAACCACAUGUUCCCCAUGCUUGAAAUUCAAGAUACACUUCCUCCUUACACUUGGCCCAAGUCUGAACCUGUUUUUAGUUCCUGUCCGAACCUUAUACAGCCCAACCUUGCACUAGCUGAUCCUGUUGUGACCCCAGCAACUCCUGUAACAUACCCUGGUGUGGAGCUGUCACCACAAGGCUUGGUAACACAACCUGUAGUAAUACCCCAUCCAGAGCUGGUUGCCCCAACAGGUCUGGAGACCACACAGAAUGCAGAACUUCCUAUACCAGGAGUGAUGACUGCACCUGUCGAGUCGGGGAUUCCAGGCUUACUCAUUAGUCCGCAGAUGCUGCCAUUGACUGAUCUGGAAAUGAAGUUUCUAUACAGAGGGAAGCAAGUUGGAAUGAUGACAGUUAGUAACCCUCAUGGUUGCCGCCUCUUCUACAGUAACCUUGAGCCUACCCCAGAGCAGGUGGAGCUGUUCGGCCCAACUACACUGGAACAAGUUCGAUUUCCUGGAACAGAUGAAAUUAGUAAUGAAAAACAGAAGUUCUACACUAACCAUCUUCUGGAUGUAAUGGACCGAGGGCUGAUCCUUUGCCUGCAAGGCCAGGAUAUAUAUGCCAUUCGCUUGUGUCAGUGCAAAGUCUUCUGGUCUGGGCCAUGUGCCCCUAAUGUAGGUGGACCCAACCCUAUAGAAAGGGAGAAGAGAGUCAAACUAUUCAGCCUUGAGACCUUCUUGAAUGAGCUCAUUGCUUGCCAGAAAGGUCAAACAAAUGCAUUGCCCCCAUAUGAAAUAUUCUUCUGUUUUGGUGAAGAAUGGCCAGACCAAAAACCAAAGGAGAAAAAACUCUCAUCACCGUACAGGUUAUUCCUGUGGCUGCCCGCUUGCUUUCUGAAAUCUUCUCCGGGGAGCUGUCCUGGUCUGCAGAGUAGUAUAAAACUCCAAAUAUCACAUCCAGAUUUAAAGGACAAAAUGGUGGAACAGUUCAAAGAACUUCAUCAAUUGUGGCAGAGCCAGCAGGCCCAAGCACUUGCUCCACAAGGUGCAGGAACGAAUCCCGGGGAAGAUGUGGCUUCUGGUCCCUGGCCUAUGCAUACCGACAGCAUGCAAUAA